AUGAAGAAGAUAGCAUCCCGCAAUAUAUAUUUAAUCUAUAGCGACCCACGGUACAGGGUCUACGGAGCGUAUGGCCCAUUAACGAUGUCCAGAAACACUUCUUCAGCACACGACAAACGUGUGGACUUAAUUCAAAAGGCCCAAAACGUUGAGGCAGCAGAAUCCUAUGUCCUUGCCCCGUGGGCCCCAUGCCCUCACAUAGUGCCAAAAAUCCCGCUCUUUUUGCCACGUGGACUUCUUCUAGAUUCCACCACACGCUUGCGUGACCCAAAGCACAUACCCUACUCUGUCUCCUUGCGGAGCAAGAAACUUGAGUUACCCCAACUCACUUGUUCCUCGGUGCAGCUAUAA